AUGGAUAGAUCUACGGGGAAAACAUUCAACUCAGCUUUCAUUGAGCUGGCACUGACACCACGUGAAGCAGGCAUAGCAGCGCAGGCCCGUAACCUGAAGGUGCUCAAAGGGAGAGUCGUAAUGGUAGAGCUGUCAAACCAGGAUGAGUUGAUGUCUUCACUAUUCCCUAAAUGGCGAGGGCAGUUCCAACAUGGCGAACCAAUAGUUCCUGGAGAGCACCUAAGAGCCCAAGGAGAACCGUUAGAUGUUGCCAAAUCCACCAUAGGAGAUACAGCCGAAAAUGCAGUCAGCUCAUCGACUUCAAUAGCAAAAGCAGCGCCGAGAAUGGUGGAUACGCCGCCAUUUGUGGCCCGAGAGGAGAUCAGUUCGUUGCUCACUAUCUGCCGCAACUAUAAGAUUCACUUUUCGAGAAAGUGUGCUGAAAGGCCAUUCGAAAACAUUAUCUCUAUUCUAGCAAAGUACCCGUGGCACCAGGCCCAUCGAGUACUGCCGCUGCAAAGAGAUCAUAUCUUUGAGUUAUUGAAACUCUCUAUAGAAUCGCUUAGGGUUCACCUUAGCAAGGAGUACAAUACUAUACAUCCUACAUUAUUAAUACGCCUUGUUCGUUCUGCCAUCUAUACUCCCGCAUUCACUGAGAAACAAAAAGCAAUGGUCUUAUGCACCGCAGGAUGUCCAUGUCCCGAAGACAUCGUCGGAUGGAUGGCCGCCCCCACUUCGAACGAUGCAUCGAAAGCAGUGGAAGCAUCUCUUCCGCCUCUACAAAGCCAAGCGUUUGAGCCCGAUGGUCAAGAGAGAGCUUGUCAAAGCUCAGCCAUUAACAAAGGGGAUCAAAACAACCAUUUAGCUGAAGCUUUUGCCAAUUGUGACGAAGAAGUUAUUGAAAACUUUGCAGUUGGCGAUCCAUUUGAGACUGGCAUUAUGCAUAUCAGAGACCAUCACGCCCUCUCUGCAGAUUCGCAAAGCUCUACCAUGAGCAGAGCAUCUCCUCCAUCGACAUUGUCAACUGCACAGAUACAGAAGGAUUCACCCAACUCAAGAGUCCUGUGUAUCCAGGAUUUUUUCUCAUGUGGUGUCGGUUCCAAGGGCGGGAAGACGAGCAACCCAGCUUCGGGAGUAGUUGCAGCUCCUAUGGUUAAAGAGGCUGCAAUUGAUGAGUAUAGCGCUAAAGCCUCCAGCUCACCUGUGAUGACGAGAUGCACAAAGUCGCUAUCCUCAUCAAGUUCCUCCAGCAUUUUAUCACAUAUAUCAUUGCCAACAGGCAUCCCCUUGUCUAUGUCACCCCCAACGCCCAACAAGGUCGCCACUUCAUUUAGUAUUCCACGCACUGUCGUCGGAAGUGAGAAAGUAAAAAGUGGUACCAUUUUGGACGCCAUUAAGACAAUAACUCAGUCUACACCACGGCUACAUCGCCAGACGUAUUGCGGGACCGACAUGAUCUGA